AUGCCCAGACAGUCGAUACAUGCAGAGUUAAAGAUCCCAAAGGAUCUAUUCGAUAAUAUGAAAGAAAGAUUAGGGAAUAUCACAGAAAUAUUCUUUAUAAAAUCUGAUCCAUUGACAUCAGAACAGAUGCUUGAUCUCCUUGAGCCGAAAACACUGUUAUCCUCGGAUCAUAUCAACGCGUAUUUUUCGAUGCUUAACUCACGACAUGAUCAUAUUUACGGCCUUUCCACAUAUUUCUAUACAAGAUUGAUUUCGUCCGAUAACAGCUAUGAAUAUGAGGCUGUUGCUCGAUGGACAAAAAAUACGCGAAUAUUUAAAAAGGAGAUGGUCUUUGUUCCGAUAAAUAUGGAUCAGGUCCAUUGGAUAUUAGCCGUGAUUUGGAUGGGAACACGAAAGAUUCAAAUAUGGGACUCAUUAGGUCACUCGCAUCAUAAAGAUUCAGUUGGAACUUGGCUCAAUAAAUAUCUAAAAGAUGAAUAUGAUCAUAAAGAAUACAAUGUUAAUCAUCAUAAUGAUAUGCAUCAAUUAGAGGAUGACGAUAAGAAAGAUAAAAAUGAAAAUUCAAUUCGCACAAUUGGUCAUUCUAAUAAUGAUAACACUCGUCAAAGUGUUAUCUAUAUGACCAGGUCUAAUUACAGCAUAUCGUCAAAUAAUAGUCAUCGCCAGGACAAUACCAUCAAUAACCACCCCACACAGAGUAAGAAAUUCACUUACAAUACUCGUUCACAAUAUAAUAAAUUGUCAGACAAAGGAGCACACGAGGAAAAUAUCAUUGAUGAAUGGAAGGAUUUUAAAGUAGUUGAUCAAUGGGUGCAAGAACGUGGACCACAGACUGAUGGAUCUUCAUGUGGAGUAUUUGUCUGUCUAAUCGCUAAAUUACUUACAGAUGGAAAGACUGAAGAGCAAAUCAAAGAGAUAAUAUUUGAAAAGGAUGCCGCUCUCAAUUAUCGUAAAGUAAUGACAUUGGAAAUCUAUGAUUAUGCAAUUCGUAAUAAUACCGUCACCUCGGCUGAGUAG